UCCAUUAUGGAAAAGGUUAAUAGAAUUUCCCAAAUUUACUCCGGGUGACCCCCAAAUGCGAAUGUUCCUUACACCGUUUUGGAUGAAAAUGGUUUAUCCUGGAAAACACAAUCCAGAUGAUCACAUUGUUUUCAAGGUCCAUCCACAAAUGACCAAAUAUGAUGUUCAACAAUAUUUAGAGAAACUCUAUGAUGUGCCUGUAAUGAGAGUUCGCGUCAAGAGCGUUUUCAAUGAUUUAAAACCAAGAAAACUUGAGAAAAAGAUGGUUCUUGCUCCCCAUGUCGACAGAAUUAAGGCGGAGCCUGAACGCUACGAAAAGAUUGCGUAUGUCCACUUGGCUCCUGGGCAUACUUUUAAGUUUCCGGAUAUAUUUGCCGAGAAAACUCCAUCCGAUACACUGACCAAAUUGGCCGAUCAGGCUAAGAAGUUAGCAUCCGCUGGCGAAGAUAAGGAUUAUGAAAAAGUUAAAGAGCAUAUUGGGACAACUAAGCCUAGCAAAACACUUCAGAAAAUUGAUAAAACGAACCGAAUUCCGAGUUGGUUUUUGGGCUAA